AUGCGAUUGGUGGAAAUAACGAAGAUUGAAAAUAAAAACGGAAUUUCAAACUUUUUGGUCAAAGGGCAUUUUCGUCAAGGGUGGAAUUUUAAUAAAUUGGAUGAAUUAAUAGAGUUUGGCUUGAGUAUUAAAGAUUUCGACUGUAUAUCUGAUUGGAAGGAUCGGAAGGAGGUGAAAUUGAAGAAUAAAAACCGCAAUUGUUUAAUUCUUGAACAGGGGCUGUUUGGGUAUCGGAUUGAUAAAGGAGCGACAGGGCUGUUUCAUAUUUUUGGUGAUAAUUUCAAUUACUCAGGAUGGAAUAAGUGCAUGCGAGUUAGUGGUUUUUAUCACAAAGAAGGGAAAGAUUUAAACAGGGACAGAUUGCGAUUCAUUUUAAUUGACUGUGAAGAUGGAAUUUGGGAGGUAGGGUAUUUCGGUAAUUAUGAUUCAUGUUGGUUCUUCAGUAUGUCUAGAAAUAUGUAUGGGAGAGAGGAUAAAAGGAAGGAUUUUAACAACAAAGAGAGUAUAAGGAAAUGGAUUAAAGGGUAUAUUAGGCAAAAUUGGAAGGAAAAUAAAAAGGAUCAUCUUUUUGUGAAUUGCUUGAUCGUUUUUGUGUAUGGCUUUUUAAUUUUUUUGGAGGAUUGGAUGAAGAUUGAUCUGAAGAAUAAAGGGAUGAUGGAUAAUUUUGUGUUCCAGGUUGUUAGUCGCAGGGCUGGUUGGUUGGAAAACAAUAUUCUCUAUUAUGAUUGUUAUUAUUUGGUGGAAAGUAUAAAGGAAUGGGGGUAUUUUGGGCAUAGUUUAAUUGUUGGUGGAGAUGGAAAUUGGAGGGAGUUGGUUGUGGAUAGGAGUAAGGGUAAUAUUGGAAAUCUUAAUUGGGUUGAAGACUUAUUGAAUUUUGGCUGCGUUAUCAUUUAUGAAAGAAGAUGGGGUGAAGGGCAAUAUGGGCAAAAGUGGAAUUAUUGGAGAUGGGUGAAUUCUGGUUUCUAUGAAGGAGUUUAUGUCCAAUAUUUUUACAAAGGAAUUGACGGAUUCUCCACAAUUGUGGGUGCCACUACUGGUUCGAUCAGUAAGUGGUGGGAUAUUCACCCGUCAAUAACCAGGCUUGGAGCAUGGGUGAUGAUGGUUGAUGAAGACAAUUGGAAUGGAAUGUUGGAAAAGCGUUAUAAUCAAAGAAGGUCGGUUGAAGAGAAAAAGAAUAGGAAGAUUGUGAAUAAAGAUAAUAGAGAGGAUGAUAAUUUGGCUUGUUAUAGCAACAUACUUUUGAGGUACAUAAAAGAUAAUAAAGAUACAAGGGAGAAGAAGAGAAAGAAGAUUGCUAUUUUGGAGUCUUUUGGCAAUGGGAAGGUAGAAACUAUGUGCAUUUUUGUGUGGAGAUUUUGGGAUAUUGGUGUUCAUAGGACUAGUGUUAUUAUUGACACUUGGAUAAGGAGCAUGUAUAGAGAUGGCAUUUUUGAAGAUUGGAAGAAGAAAUGGAGUAUUCACUUCGAGAUUUUCUCUCUCGGUUUUCCAGUUUUGGUGAGUGGCUUGGUUGGGAUUCUGGUGAUCGGAUCUCUUGCCGGUGCCGGAAUUUCAUCAUCGUUGAUUGAAUUUACUCUAAAAUCAAUUCCAAUUGUCUAUACGAUUGGUGAUCGGAUGUUCUGGAAAAUUGGAAGUAUGUUUGGCAUGAAUUAUAAAGAUCCACCUGAUCCAGCUAACAAAAAUCUAUAUGAAGAUGAUCUGGAAGCUGAUGUUGGAGCUAAACGAAGAGGAAGAAGAGCUAUGCACAAGGAAUUUUCUCCGUAUUCAAUGAUUAAACCAUUACGAUCAAAAGAAAAAAUGGAAGCUAAAAUUAAUCGGUUAAGGGAAGAAAAGAAGUAUCUGAAUGCGAAAUCUAUUGCUGAUGGAUCGAAAGAAGUUCUUCGAGCUGGAGUACGUGAAAUAAUAAAAUCAAAUUAUGGGAAAGAAAAUAUAGAUCCGCAAUUUAUAAAAUCGGAGUUGGAGGCAUUUGAUAAGGUGAUCGCUAAUCAGAAAAAAUUGGAAGAAGAAAAAGGAUUUGUGUUGCUCCAGGUAACCUCAGAUAUGGUUAAGGGAUAUAAUUCUUCUAAGAAUUUGGUGGGUGGAUCAUCUCCUUCGUCUCCUGUUAUUCAAGCGAACAUGGGAAUGGAUGCUGGAACUGUAGCUGGGUCGAACAAUAGAAUUUCAGCUGGAACAAAAAAUGACAAAGGCAUUUUGGUUGAUGAGCCGAAGAUUACUAAGGACUUCAUUUCAUCGGAAUUAAUGAAGAUGGGUUCGUAUGCUUCAGGCCCUGGUUCGUCUUCUUCAGGUCCUGGUCCAGUAAUUGAAACAAAUGAAGGGAAGGGCAUUUUGGGAAAGUUUCCUGUUUCGCAAGUUGCUUCAGUUAAUUCAGGUAUUCCGGUGGUCUUUAAUGCUAAUCCUAUUGACUCAAUUAGUUGUAAUACUAAUUGUAAUGAUGAAGAUAUGAAAGAUUCUAUUAAUGAGAAUGGGAAUUUGGAAGUUGGUUAUGGUAAUAAUAUGAAGAAAGAACAGGGAGCUAAUUUCUUGAAUAUGGAUUUUUCGAAACCUGUCCUCUCCCCUGCAGCUAAGUUGGUUAAUGAGUUCAAUAAAAAAUCUUAUGCUCGUAUGGUUGAAUCAACAAAUAAUGUGGUGGAUCUUAAUAUCAAAGUUAUUCCAAAAGUUGAUGGGAAACCUAGUGGGAAAGUUGAGUUACCUUAUGCAGAUUUAAUGUUGGGUGGUGCUCCUUAUCAUGCUACUUUGUAUGGAUUUUUUGUGGGGAAAAAGCUUGCUUUCCCAACAGUUAAUCAUUUUUCUUUUAAGAUGUGGAAGAUGUAUGGGCUGAAGGAUAUAAUGGUGAAUGAUGAGGGAUUUUUUUUCUUCAAGUUUGAUUCAAAAGAAGGAAUGAUGAGUGUGCUGGAGGGAGGUCCAUGGUUGAUUAACAAUGUCCCAAUGUUUGUUCAAAGAUGGAGGCCAGGUCUAGUUUUGAGUAAACCGCAAAUUAAUUCAGUUCCUGUAUGGGUUAAAGUGUUUAAUGUUCCUUUGGAGUAUUGGAACAGCAAAGGAAUUACGUUGAUUGCAAAUGAGAUUGGGAAACCAAUUGCUAUGGAUAAAAUCACUCAAAAAAUGUGUAAUGAGCACUGGGGAAGGCCAGCUUUCAUGCGAUUUCUUGUGGAAAUGUCAGCAGAAUCGGAAUGGAUGAAAGAAUUAAGUGUCGUCUCAAUAGAUUUUGGGACAGGAGAGAAAGUUGAAUCAAAGUGUAGGAUAGAGUAUGCAUGGAGACCUGAUAUUUGUAGUCAUUGCAAAAUUUACGGACAUAAAAAUAACAAUUGUGGGAUUCUAAAUGGAAAAAAGAAUGAUGGUGUUACUGAUGUUGCUGUUGACAGAGAAGAAAAUGGGAGAAAAGAGAAAGUGGAUGAUGAUGGGUUCAUAUUAGUAACAAAGAAAAACAAUAAAGGGCAGAAAUUUAAUACCGGAGUGGUUAUUAAUGAAGAAGGGAAAGUGGAUUUAAUCAAAUCAUUGGAGAAAAGCACCAAACCUGUUUUUGAAGGAAUGGUUGUUAGCAAUAAUGAUGAAAGUCUUAAGGAUGAGGGUAAUCAAGGAAUGGAAAAAAGCAAAAAAAUUAAAGAACAAGAAAAUCAAAAAGGAGGCCAAAAUGAAGAUCGAAGCAAUGAAGGGGUAGAAAAUCGGAAGAAUGGGGGUAAUUUCUCAAAAUUUGCUGUGGGUAAUCUAAAAAAAGAUGGGAAAGAGAAAGGGGUAUUUCAGUCAAAAGAUGAUAAAAGUGGGAGAAAGAAUGGGACAGGGGUGUUCAUUCCAAAAGAGAAAUUAGGAACAAGAGUGAAGAAUGUAAUUGAAAACUUUAAUGCUAAAAAAGAUGGAAUGCAGGGGAAAAGAGAAGAAAAUCAGAAAAAAGUGUAUGUUCCUAAGAAGCAAGUGGAGUUAAAAGUGAGUUCUAAUUUUGAUAAUUUAGGUUCUACGUCAGGAAAAAUUGAUCAAGAUGAAAUUACAACACAAAACCCAUUUGAUGUUCUUGCUGAUUUGGGUUUAAGAGAUAUGUCUUAUCUUGAUGAGAUGGAUUCGGAGAUUUUAACUGGAGGUGGCCAGGAGAUAAGCACCGAAAAUAAAAUUGGUGAUUAA